CAGACUUUACCAAACGAGAAUACAUCUCAAAACACGAUUUAGCCCUCACAAUAAAUCUUUUCACCGCAACAAAUUGGCAGCUUCACCGUUAGAAUUUGCAAUUGAAUGAUAGCUGAUCAUUUCACUCGGCUUUCUGAGAGAAUUUUAUGGUGGGAUUAUCGGGUGCAGUAAUUAGGAGGCAGCAGUUUUUGAUUAGGUGCUUAGGAGAUUACAGUGGUAGCAACAAUAUCUGCAACUCUGCUUCCAUAAAAAUGCAAUCUUUACUGAGUGUUGGCAGCCCUUCCAUGGAGGUUGAUGCUGUCAGCAUCUUGAAAUCAAUCACUCCAUCUCUGGAAGCUUCCAAGCAUAAAGGCCAAGCUGGGAAGAUCGCAGUUGUAGGAGGUUGCCGCGAAUACACUGGUGCACCGUACUUUUCUGCUAUUUCAGCUUUAAAAAUCGGUGCUGAUUUGUCGCACGUGUUCUGCACCAAAGAUGCUGCCCCUGUUAUUAAAGGCUACAGUCCGGAGUUAAUUGUGCACCCUAUACUGGAAGAGUCAUACAGUGUUAGGGAUGAAGAUAAGAAAUCGAUAUUAGCCAAAGUUAUUGAAGAGGUUGAUAAGUGGAUGGAGAGAUUCGAUUGUCUAGUUAUCGGUCCAGGCCUUGGAAGGGACCCAUUUCUCCUGGACUGUGUAAGCAAUAUAAUGAAGCACGCGAGGCAAUCCAAUGUUCCAAUGGUUAUAGAUGGGGAUGGGCUUUUUCUUGUUACAAAUUCUCUUGAACUUAUCAGUGGUUAUCCCCUGGCUGUCCUAACACCCAAUGUUAACGAGUAUAAGCGCCUCGUGCAAAAGGUUUUGCAAUGUGAAGUAAACGAUCGAGAUGGAACACAUCAACUACUUUCACUUGCAAAAGGGAUAGGAGGUGCGACCAUUUUGAGGAAGGGAGUAUCUGAUUUCAUUAGCAAUGGGGAAACAGUUCAUGCAGUGAGCAGUUUCGGCUCUCCAAGGCGUUGUGGUGGCCAGGGUGAUAUACUUUCCGGAAGUGUUGCUGUGUUCGUGUCAUGGGCCCGUCAACUUGCAGGCGAGCCAAGCAUGAGUGCUACAGUGAUGGGGUGCAUUGCAGGGUCUGUUUUGCUGAGAAAGGCUGCCUCACAGGCAUUUGAGAGAAACAGAAGAUCGAUGCUUACCACCGACAUAAUCCAACACUUGGGAACAAGUUUAGAGGAGUUGUGCCCGGUGCUCGUGAGUCAAUAAAACUACUUUCCGACGGCCCUUCCUUAUAUACAUUACUGGACUACAUAGGGAUGUCUGUUUUCAUGUUACAUUGAACAUCUUUUAGAGGGUAUGAAUAAGUGCUUGCAUUUUGAAAUUUUCAAA